ACCUGCGCUUCCUGCUACCGAGCCAAUCGCUGUAGAGAGUUGGUCGCACAUUUUAGCCCGAGCAAGUUCGUCACGUUGAAAUUGAGAAUUCAUGUGUUCCACAACAUGUCGAGCGGCAUUCAACCCGUGACGGUUGUGUUUAGCAACGCAAAAAACUGCUUCCUGCAUCUGCCCGCCAAGCUAAUUUCCCAUUUGUCGCUGAGCGAGAUUCAGGCCUUGGAGUUGUCCGGCAGCCACGACGGCCCCUCGGUGUUCCUCAGCUGGACCCUGAGCCGUGGCUCGACCGGCUCCGACGGCCGCCGCGUGGAGCUGUGCGGGCGGCUCGCAGAGAAGCUGGGCCUGCGGGACGGCCAGGAGGGCUUCUUGAGGCCGUGUCGGCAGGUGUCGUCGGCGCGGCGAGCGUUCGUGGAGCCGCUGUCGGCCGAUGACUGGGAGAUCUUGGAGCUCCACAGCGACGCGCUCGAGCAGCGGCUUUUGGAUCAGAUCAGAGUGGUCUUCCCAGAUGCCGUUUUCCCCGUGUGGGUCGACGAUCAUACAGUCAUCUACAUCCGCAUAGCGUCCUUGUCGCCUCCGGCGCCUUACGGUCGCCUGGAGCCCUUCACCGAGCUCGUCGUGACUCCCAAGAAGCACGCCGGCCGCCCCGAGCGGCGGCCUCAGCCCCGCUCGGACCCGCCGUCUACACCUGGACCACGCUUGAAAACCGCCCCCCCUACGAGUGAGCGGCGGGCCGGCGUAGCGGACCUCCAAAGUCUGUUUAGCUAUGUGACGGGAGGCGAGCGCGACGAAGCCAAGGAGCCCCCGUCAGUACCGGACGUCCCCGCCUUGCUCGCGGACGCCCUCUACCGAGUAUGCGGCGUGCCACCGCCGCCUCUCGCCGCCGCCGGCGCGGCGUGGCAGGCGGCGGAGGCGCUUCACGUCUUCCCGUUGAGCAGCACGUGGGACGAAGACGUCGCCGGAGGUCAGCCCGCGCUGACGUACGGCCUGCUGUCCGAAGUGCUCUCGCCCGUGGAGAGAGCGGAGGCGGAGAAGAAGAAGAAUGUGGCAGGAGAGGAGGUGAAAGGUCAAGAGGUGAAAGCGCAGGAGGCCACGGUGGUGCGCUUGAUGUGCCACGACCUCGAUGAGCUAAGGCGGCACACGGAGGGAAGCAUCCACUGUGGGAGAGUCUGGAUCCCGCCGGCCGCGGCCGCCGGGCUGCACGUCGUCCCGCACUCGACGGUCAGAAUCGAGCCGGUGAGAUCGGCCGUCAAAGUGGCGUCCUCCGUUCGACUGCGGCCUCGAAAACCGCCGGCCGAGGCGGCGGAUGCUGAGGAGGACGCGAUCCCGACCGCCUUCCUGGACUGGCUGCACGCUCGGACUCACCGACCUUUGGCCUGCUUGACGCCACGAGCCGGCCGCGUCCUCCUCCACGCUCGCGGCGGUGAUUCAUUUCCGCGUGUCUUUAAAAGCCGUCUGCCGUUUUUUCUUUUCGUACGCAGGCUGAUUUCAGUCGCGAGGCACCUGAUCACGCGAUCGUUGGCUGCACGUUUUGAAUGUUGGGAAAAAGUGGCGCCAUCUGGUGGACGCAGUACAUGGUCUCCUGGCCUUUUUCUUUUCAGACACGUUAGAAUUUGCCAUCACGGUGCUGCGACCAGAACCGGAAGGAGAGCGGGACACGCCGGAUCAGCUGUUUCUGCUCUCGCCUUCCGUCUUGCAGAAGAAACGCAUCCAGUCCGAGAACCAGCGUCCGCGCCACCCGCUGAAGUCGAACCGCCAGAACGAGAUCUUCCCUCUCUAGCGUCCUUGGGUGGCGUGGACGAGCUGAGCAGGCGGAGCUUUGAAUUCAUCUCGCACUGCCUGCUGGCGACACCUUUGGCCAGAGAGCUGCUGGGCGUCGUCGGGCGAGGACUCAAAGGCGGAGCGCUGCUCGUCACCGGUGCAAGAGGCAGCGGAAAGAGCGCCCUGUCUCGCGCCCUCUGCAGGAAAGCAGCAGACGACCUGGACGCGCACGUCGAAGUGCUGGAGUGUAAAAAGUUACAAGGUGGUCCUCUAAAGAAGUCGUCCACGCACUGCGCUGUCUUUUUAGUUGUCUUCAUUUUUGAGAUGAAAUUAUCCCCAGGCAAAAGGGCGCAGACGAUUCGCCAGACGCUGCGCGACGUUUUCACGCGGGCGGAAUGGAGGCAGCCCUCCGUGGUCCUGCUCGACGACUUGGAUCACGUGACCCGGGCGCCCGCCUCGCCCGAGCACGAGCACGGACCCGAGGCGCUGCUGCACCUGCACGUCGCACAGAGUUUGAUGGACCUGGCGGACGAGAUGGUGGAACGCGACAAUCUCGUGUGUUUGAUGGCGACCAGCGAGAAUGAGCGCUCCUUGCACGGCACGCUCACACAAGUGCAAGGAACGCACUUCUUCCAGGCCUUCGCACGCAUACGAGCGCCCGACCGGGCGCAGAGAGAGGACAUCCUUUGCCGCGCGAUCCGAGCCAGGUGCGACUCCGGCGACACGGACCCGGCCGCCGUCGCCAAGGAGACUGAGGGCUACCUGCCGCAAGAUCUGCUGCUGCUGCUGGAGCGGGCGCUCCACGCCAACGUCGCACGCCAGCAACAGAACGACUGCCACGACGCACGUUUGUCACAGCGGGACUUCGCCGAGGCCCGCGAGGGCUUCACGCCGCCGUCCCUGUGGGGGGCCGACCUCCGCGGUCCCGGCGGAGGCGGGCUGGAGUCGGUGGGGGGGCUGACGGAGGUGCGGCAGCAGUUGAUGGACACCGUCUUGCUCCCUGCCAAGUAUCCCGUCCUGUUCUCCAAGCUUCCCAUCCGCCAUCGCUCAGGAGUUCUGCUCUACGGAGCUCCGGGCACCGGAAAGACGCUUCUGGCGCGAGCCGUCGCCAAGGAGAGCGCCAUGAACUUCAUCGGCAUCAAAGGUCCGGAGCUUCUGAGCAAAUACAUCGGAGCGAGCGAGCGGGCGGUGCGAGACGUCUUCCAGAGGGCGCAGGCGGCAAAGCCUUGCGUGGUCUUCUUUGACGAGUUCGACUCCUUGGCGCCCAGGAGGGGUCACGACAGUACGGGCGUGACGGACCGCGUCGUCAACCAGCUGCUGACUCAGCUGGACGGCGCCGAGGGACUGCAAGGCGUUUACGUGCUGGCCGCCACCAGUCGCCCAGACCUGAUCGACCCGGCCCUGCUGCGUCCGGGCCGGCUGGACAAGUCCCUCUACUGCCCCCCGCCCGGGAAGGAGGAUCGCGCGGCCAUCCUGAAGGUUCUGAGCGCCGGCGUCACCUUGGCCGCCGACGUGGACCUGGACGAGCUGGCGGCGCGGACCGAAGGCUUCACCGGCGCCGACCUGAAAGCGCUGCUCUACAACGCCCAGCUGGAGGCGCUCGACGGCAGCCCGGACGCCAGCGUGUCGCGUGAGACGACGUGCGACAUGAGCCUGUCGUCCAUGGUGUUCCCGAACAACGGCAGCGGUUCCGAUGAGCCGGUGGACAACAACGGCGGCGGCGGCCCGCAGCCCACCGAGCUUCAAGUGACGGGCAAACAACAAAAUGGUGGUGACGUUUGGCGACUUUACUUCGGAAGCUCCGUUGAGUCCGAGUGUGCUGAAGGGAGUGGUGUCUCUGGACAGGACUUGGACGUUCGGAACCCCGAGUCCAGUUCUUCGCCGCCCCCCCUCUCCGUGCCCUCCCUCCAGAGCGGCUUCCGGGAACUCCAGCGGGACGUCGCAUGCAUCAAACUCAACCACCGCAGAGCCAAUGGGGAGCGCGCGCGUGUCCAGGCCACCUCCAGCCAACCGGGCUUCCUGCUGCGUCGCUGCCACGUGCUCGCCGCUCUGGGCGCCACCAGGCCGUCGCUGGGCAAGGACGACUGGGGCAGAUACGCGACGCUGUACGGGGCUUUUUCAGGAGGCAGAACCGCCACGCAGACGUUCCGACCAGGACAACGCGUGACAUUAGCGUGAUGGCGCACUUCAGCAGGCAAUUGUUGCAGAUCAUUUAUGGACAAACACACGUGUUCUGUGAUUGGCCGACUCACAGGAUGGGGCGGGACUGGAAGUCCUCCUGAUUCAUCCUCUCCGACUGGCGUAUCUUGAGGAUCUCCGUGUAGCUCAGGUUCUGCAGGCGGCUCUUGAACUGGUCCAGCGAGUUAGGCUUCAGCGUCAGCGCUCGCAUGAUCUGCUCCCGCACCACCUGCAUGACCUGCGGCGCAGGAAGGGGCGGAGUUCAUUACAGGAAGUCAAACUGCAGAGGCGAUUCUCGUAAUCUGGUCCGCGAGCCGUCAAAGCGCACCCUCCCCCCGGCGGCGCUAAUCGGACUAAGCGGGAGAAAGCACCAAGAUGACACGGGGGUAGCGUGGAUAAUCCUCUUAAAUCUUCCGCUAAAUCGCUGUGUUAAAAAGUGCAGAUGCUCAGCUUGCAGCAGGAAAGAAGGAAUGAACGUUUUUAAAUGUAGAUCUGAAAACCCACAGCAGGUCUUUGGGGGGGGGGGGGGGGGAAAAAAAAAAAAUCUAUUGCUCUCUCUACAUACAACGUACAUUAUACAUAUAUGCACAUGCAUGAAUACCCAUGUGUUUAAACAUCCACACACACACACAUAUAUAUCUAUAUAUACAUACACAUACAUAUACACAUAUAUAUAUAUAAAGUGCGUAUGUGUAUAUACAUGUAUAUAUAUCUAUAUAUACAUAUAUAUACACAUACACAUAUAUAUAGUGCGUAUGUGUAUGUGUGUGUAUAUAUAUAUAUAUAUAUAUAUAUAUACACACACACACACAUAUAUACAUACACAAAUGUGUAUACACGUACAGUGGUGCCUUGAGAUAGGAGUGACCCGAUUUGAAGUUAAUCACCAAACAUAAAUCAAAGAGAAUUACACAUUGCGUAUUCAACAGAAAGGACAGUCGGUUUAGCUUAAUGCUAACAAACAAUGCAGAACCCCAUAGACGUCCUAAUUUAUAGCAUCGGUUUCACAGUGUUGUAACCCUUCAAGAAACAGCUGUUUGAACACAUGUAGAGAUAAUAUAACAAUCCUCACAAGCAUAUAUUCUUAAUCCUGUGUGAUGACUAACAUUACUGAACCUCACUGAGGAGUUGUGACCGUUUCCAUGUAUUAUACUGCCCUCAGGUGGCCAAGGCGAGCACACCAGAAGGAGCAGCACAAUGGCCAUUGAAUUUAAGUAAAACAUGCCGAAGCUAUUUCAUUCUUUACAUUCUAUUAAAUUCCGUUUUUUUCAAGUACAAUAUUGUAAAGUGCUAUUUUUCUUAUUAAAAAGCACGUUGCAAAGAUGUUUGGAGGCUGGAACAGAUAAAUGAUCAUUUGCAAUACAAUUGUUUAAGUUACGAGGGUGGACACUGAACGAAUUAAAGUUGUAUCUCAAGGCACCACUGUACACACACAUGGCCACAAUGUAUGUGUCCGUACACAUACAGUACAUACAUACGAUAUUUCUACAUAUAUACCUGUGUAUAUGUGUGCAGUAAAUAUCUAUGUAAACAGGGAUUAUCUAUUCACUCUCACUCACUCUCUCUACGGGCUAUAUAGCCUUCUUCUUCUCCUUACGCCACAUCUACCCACAAUUCCUUGCAUCUGAAGAAAUGACACAAUGUUGUCACGUGGUUGCGAUACACCAAAGAUCUCGCCCAUCCCCGCACGAGCUACACCAACACUGAAUCACAAGGCGCAUCGUUAAAAUGAAUGAUGAGACUGAGCCGUAUCCCAGCAUGCAUCGGCGACGAGACGCACGCACGCAAGACUGUUGGUGCAUGCAAAUAAAGACAAAACGUUGUCUGCUGCUGUA